CAUAUGAGUGUAGUUCACCCUCCAAGUCAGUAGGUGGCGGUGAUGCACCCGAAAGCCAAUAAAACAUAGAAGAAGACGGAGACGCCCGUGAACCGGAAACACACCGUUCUCACAUCCUGUUUCCGUCAACACACGUGUGUACGUGUGUGUGUGUGGAGUGAAAACGACAGAGAACUUCUCCCGAGUCCGUCUAGAACCGGUCCACAGUGCACCAUGUUGGAACAGUUGGGUCUGAUCGGGACGAUCCAGGACGAGGACGAGAGUCCGGAGGAGCCCGAUACCGAGUCCGAGCCGGAGGACGAGCCGAUCGUCCUGAACAGGAAGAAGAAGCUCGGGACUCGCGGCGUGAAAGACUUCAACGCCGACUUUGACUUCGGGGAGCGGGAUGCACCGAGCCGGGGGGAGGACUGGGCCAUGGAGGACGUCAUGAAGCAGCUCAAGAACAAGAGAACCGCAACCACUCUGGACCAGAAAAUAGACAAAAUCAGGAAGAAGAGGAAGGCGGAGCAGAAAUCGACUGAAAUUGACCCGACUGAAGGUUCUUCAGGGAAGAACCCAGAGAAGGAGGAGGAGGAUGAUGAUGAUGAAGAAGAGCAGGAUGUUAAGCCUGCUGAAGGAGAGGCUGAUGGAGAUGAUGAAGAAGAAGAUGAUGAGGUGGAGGACGAAGAUGAGUUUGAUUCGGGGGAUGAGGAGGUUCUGACCAAAUCUGACGUCCUGAGACUCAAAGAGCGGCGGGGCAAGAGGAGGAAGCUAGGAGACGAGGCUCCGGAGUCGUUCUUCGACGACGCGUCGCAGUACGACGACCAGCUGACCUUCGACAACAUGAACCUGUCCCGACCGAUCCUGAAGGCGAUCACCGCUCUGGGCUUCAAGCUGCCGACGCCCAUCCAGAAGGCCUGCGUGCCCAUCGGCCUGCUGGGAAAAGACCUGUGCGCCUGCGCUGCUACUGGGACAGGGAAGACGGCGGCCUUCAUGCUGCCGGUGUUGGAGCGUUUGAUUUACAAGCCCAGGACGGGCCAGGUGACCCGGGUCUUGGUUCUGGUUCCCACCAGAGAGCUGGGGAUCCAGGUCCACUCCGUGGCCCGUCAGCUCGCCCAGUUCACCUCCAUCACCACCUGCCUGGCCGUCGGUGGGUUGGACCUGAAGUCUCAGGAGGCGGCUUUGAGGGGGGGCCCAGACAUCCUGAUAGCUACACCUGGUCGGCUGAUCGAUCAUCUUCACAACACGCCGAGCUUCGAGCUGACCCACAUCGAGAUCCUGAUCCUGGACGAGGCCGACAGGAUGCUGGACGAGUACUUUGAGGAACAGAUGAAGGAGGUCAUCAGAUUGUGUUCCUACAACAGACAGACCAUGUUGUUCUCCGCCACGAUGACCGAGGAGGUAAAGGACCUGGCAGCCGUCUCGUUGAAGCAGCCAAUCAGGAUCUUCGUUAACAGCAACACUGACGUUGCUCCGUUUCUGCGUCAAGAGUUCGUCAGAAUCCGACAAAACCGAGAAGGAGACCGAGAGGCCGUGGUUUCUGCGCUGCUGACUCGGACGUUCCAGGAUCACGUGAUGUGUUUCACUCAGACGAGGAAACAAGCUCACAGGCUGCACAUCCUGCUGGGACUGAUGGGGCUGAAGGUCGGAGAACUGCACGGAGAACUGAGCCAGAACCAGAGACUGGAGAACCUCAGGCGUUUCAAAGACGAUCAGAUUGACAUCUUGGUGGCGACGGACGUCGCCGCUCGAGGUUUAGACAUCAACGGCGUCAAAACGGUGAUCAACUUCACCAUGCCGUCCACGGUGAAGCACUACGUCCACCGCGUCGGCAGGACGGCCAGAGCCGGCCGCUCGGGGCGCUCGGUGUCUCUGGUCGGGGAGUCGGAGAGGAGGACGCUGAAGGAGGUGGUGAAGUCGGCCAAGAACAGCGUGAAGGCUCGAGUCCUGCCGCCAGAGGUCAUCUUGAAGUUCAGAGACCUGAUCUCUAAACUGGAGAAAGACGUGGAGGCUGUGAUGAGGCUGGAGAGGGAGGAGAGGGAGAUGGCUGCGACUGAGGCCAAGUUGAGUGUGGCUCAGAAGCGCCUCGACGGUUCCUCCGACUCCAUCCAAUCGCAGCGCGUUUGGUUCCAGACUCAGCAGGAGAGGAAACAGAACCGCGUGUCGAAGGCGCUGCAGGAGUUCGAUCUCGCUCUGAGGGGGAAGAAGAAGAGGGAGAAGUUCGUGAACAGCGGCAAGAAGAAGGAGCUAACGUCGGAGGAGCGCGCCCAGUUCGAGAUCUUGAAGGCUCAGAUGUUCGCUGAGAGGGCGGCGAAGAGAGAGAGGCGCCCCAAGAGGGCGAGAGCGAUGCCAGAAGAAGAAGAGAUGCCGACCAAAGCAGCCAAUCAUAAAGCAGGAGGAAAGAAGUCUGUGUUUGACAAAGAGCUGACCAACACCAGCACCAAGGCCCUGAAACACUACAGAGCUGGACCGUCCUUCGAAGACAGGAAGCGUCUCGGCAUCGACAGAAAGCGUCCCGGUGGCUCCAGGUUCAAGAAGAAGUGAGAGCCAAGAUGGCCGCCUUGAGAAGCAGUGUUCUCCUCCGUGAAUCGUCGUCUGUGUAAAUCUUCCAGUUUUGUUCAUUUAAGAAGUUUUAAAUAAAGUAUCAAUCUGUAUUAA